CAAACUUCCGAGCGAAUGCAGAGACGUGAACGCAUCAGCAGCAGCAGUUCUCUCAGUAAAGCCGGGAGCUCAUGCAGGCAGAAUAAUGGCAGGCCUGUGGAGAUCCUACCAAGUCUUGAUGACCAAGUACCCCUGGACAGUACAGAUAGUGACUGCUGGGUCGUUAGUGGGUGUCGGUGAUGUCAUCUCCCAGCAGCUGAUUGAAAGAAGGGGACUGGCGAAUCACAACGUGCGACGGACGGCCAAGAUGAUGAGUAUUGGUUUCUUCUUCGUGGGUCCAAUAAUUGGCGGCUGGUACAAAGUUCUGGACAAGCUGGUGGUUGGAGGAACUAAAAGCGCUGCCAUGAAGAAAAUGCUGCUUGACCAGUUGGGUUUUGCUCCGUGCUUCCUGGGAGCUUUUCUCUGUCUCUCCGGCGCUCUCAACGGUCUGACAGUGGAGGAGAACAUCAACAAGCUGAAGAGGGACUACACAGAUGCCCUGAUCUCAAAUUACUAUCUGUGGCCGCCAGUCCAGAUUGCCAAUUUCUACUUUAUUCCACUGCACCACAGACUGGCGGUCGUCCAGGUUGUCGCUGUCGGCUGGAACUCCUACCUGACCUGGAAGGCCAAUAAGAUGUGAGCGAUGAUGAUCACAAGUCCGGCCUGUGCUGUUGUUGCUGAUGAUGAUUUUACACUCAUUUGUAGUGUGUGUGCGCGUGUGUGUGUGUGUGUGUGUGACAUGGGCGGCUCUGGUCUAACUUACUUGAUGCUACUUCGUCUCGUGGUAUUUCCAAUGUGUAAAACUGUGACUGAGUCACUUAUAAAGGUCGGGAGAAAGUGCUCGUCUACUCUGAAUGACACAUUCACACUUACUUGAAAGUCAAACUUGCAUUUGCAGAAAUGUCUGUGAGAGAUUGUUAUUUAUGGAAAUGAGAUUUGGCAGCAGUGUUAGCCACACAUACGCACGCACGCACACACACACACACACACACACGUUUACACCCACUGGAAGGAAACUUUUCUUACCAUGUAAUGUAUGUUAAUCACUUGAAACAAUUAUGAUAAAGGAUAUUUUGUUAAAGGUUGAUAGUAUUUUGUUUUGUCAUGUAACGACUGAAAUAAUUACCUCAGAAUUUGUAACGAUACCUUGUUUUUCUUAUGUUUUUUUCAUUCACUCUUCACCUCAUCUAUGCACUUCUACUUUUGUAUCUAUUUUCCAACCUUUCCCGAAAGGCCAUUUUAACAACGCUCAGGAAGAGACGAGCAAAUAUUUUGUAUAUUUCUGUUUAGAAAUGUAUAAAGUGAGUGAAAGGAAAGCCACAAGCUUUACCCACGUCUUGAAGUCUAAUCAGCUGCGAGGAUGCAAUGCAUUCUGGUCUAUUGAGGCUACUGUGGAUGUUGUAAAAAAACAUCAGUUGUCAUUGAAUCUGAAAAGGAGUGACAACAAAACCUGAUGUUAAAAGAGUAUAUAGACUUUUUUUUUUUUUUGACUGAGAAAGACUGAAAACGUGGGAAAGCAGCUAGCAUAGUUCUGUGUGAAGGUAACAAAAAACAACUGUCAGAGCCUCCAAAGCUCAUUAACUAACGUCAUUUUUACAUUUAGUGCAUUUAGCAGACGCUUUUGUCCAAAGACUAAUUCAUACAUACCUUCAUACACUGAUGGCGGUGGCUGCCAUGCAAGGUGCUGACCAGCACAUCAGGAGCAGUUUGGGGUUCAGUAUCUUGCCCAAGCACACUUAAGACAUGCAGACCAGGGGAAUCGAACUAGCGACCUUCCUAUAAUAAGACUACUUCUUGACCAGGUGCAGGAAUUGUCUGCUUGGUUUGACUUGAUAUUUACCGUUCAGUCAUGAGAUCGGUCUCGGUCAUCCAACUGUGGACAAGAAAUCAAGUUAUUCUUUUCCACGGUCAGUGUCAUCGAAUUAUUUUUAUGACAAACUGCAUUUUGCAGUAGUUGUUGGAAAAUCACCCCAAAACAACAAGAAAUCCCAGACAAUCACUGUUGAAAUGUGUAUUCCUCUCAUGUAUUUGGAAUCUUUAUACUGAUAAUGUGCACAGUUGUAAUAACAAAGGCCUUCUCUGGCAUGUAGCUAAUAAAGUUUUACCUGAAGCGAUGUGAA